UACUCGCUCGUCUGCACUCAGCCAUACCCAAUCUCCUUCCCCUCCCCACUGGCCACAACAAGCUCACACCAAGCACCCCAAAAAAUAGAGCAGAAGAAAACUCGGACAUAAAAAAAUUACAUCUUCAUCACCGAUCUUUAUUACGCUCCUCCGCAGUGACUCAAUAAUUCCGACGUAAUCAUCUCCCGAAUUCCCCCACAUGUGUCCCGUUAUCGCCAGUAUCUAUCGCGCCGCAGCCCGGAAAAUCUCUUAUCACUAGAUUCACCAAUCUGACACAUCGAAAACCACAAACUCCUCAUCCCUCCCCUCCUCAUUUCACCUGUGUUCCCCCACCCCUCCCCAGGUGUCUGAGCCCCCCUCAAGGCUACAUGUACUGUGAUUGCACAAUUCUUCAGCCACCGUUAUUAUCCAGCACGAAUCGUAGUGCUCCGAAGUGCUCCUAAACACAGUAGUUAGUUACACGAAAACUCCAGGCGUCAGGCUGACAACAAAAGUAAAAUGCGCUCUGUCUUCAGUGGCUUUUCGGUCAUCAGUGUGAGCUAAUGUCCGAUGAGUAAUUGGAAAUUGUUUUGGUUUGAAUUGUGAAAGAAUGAGGGAAAGCCCCUGGUGAAUCAUAGUUUUAUCUUUUCUACUUUGGAUGGAGAACUAGGUGUUGCACUGUGUUUCAGUAUUAUCGCGGGUUUUAUAACUUAAAAGUGAAUUGAAAAUCAAUUUAAAUUGUCUAGUAUUUUUUUUUCUAUCAUUAGAAAAUUUAUUGAAGGUCUGCAUUAAUAAUUCAAGGAACUCUGGAGGAAUAGAACAACUGGAGCAUUUAAUACGCUUUCGAAUUAUUACAUAAAUGAACUGAUAAAUAGAUUCGAAGUAAUGAUGGAGUGAAGUCAGUUGACGAUGAAAAUGUGUGUUUUGUUGGGAAGAAAUCGAUGAUGAGAGAUAAAAAAUUGACGGUCUUGAUAAGGUGAUUAGACACCAUUAGGAUAUUUCAGUUGAGGAGUUGAGGAUUGAGGAGCUGAGGAGGGAAACAAUGGCCAUGACGAUGGAGGCCAUCUGCGAGAGGAAGCCAACGAGGUGUUUGAAAGUACCGUUGAAGUCAACGGAGCAGAUUUGUCUUGUUUUCCUGAUCCCAGCGGUGAUAGGGUGCUGCAUCUACAUGGUGCACUUCGCAGCAGAUCUCGUCGUUGCUGUUCAACACUUCAGGGAGGGCAAUCCCAUAUGGGGCGGGUGCACUCUGGGGCUGAUGUACGCACCCGCUGUGGCUUAUUUCAUCCUGACGGUGUCCAGGCCUGACUGGUGGAUGACUGAAGACCAGAAAAUAUCCUGGAACGUUGUCACUUGGUUUGGCAUCCAAAUCGUGCAGAUGAUUGCAUUCCCGUUGUUUGCGUUGUACAGAUUUGCAGGUCAAAUUGUCGUAAUCGUUGACGCAAUUCUCCUAAGUGGCGUGGAGAGGAGAAAAUCUCUUAACGUGGCAGCAGCUCCAGCAGCGAUAGAGCUCUACUUUUUCCUACAAGCAUGGUUCCAAGCAGCCCCUCAGGCUAUCCUCCAAAUUCACUUACUAUUCAGGGAGAGGACUGCAGAAAGAACUUAUCAGUCAGUUUCAGUUCACAUCUUAUGCAUCCUGGUCUCGAUAAUCGUCUUAGCAGUGCAAACCGCCUCAUUCCAAAGGUUCGAGAGCCAGCGAAUAAACGGCAGGAAGUUACCCUGGGCCAUGUGGCUGAAGAAAUACAGAACCCAAGAGCUCGGAGACCUCGACGAGAAGAAACCCCUCCAGCCAGAGGUCUCAAUAGUCUCCUCCCAGACAACGUCCCCCCCUCAGUCCCAGGUGCACCUCCAAGAGACUGAGGCCCCACGCGUCGUCCUCGAGCGUCAGAUCUCCCUGACCCCUCCCCUCCCACCAAAAAAUGCUCAGAUGAUUCCACCGCCUGCUCCUCUCCGUGGCAUCACGACAGUGGCACCCCUGCCAGUCCCAGAAAUGCCAGCACCACCCCGUCCAGACUCUGUGAUACGAGAAUCCAUCGAGAACGACGUCGAGGCCCCAGACAGAUCGACCGAACGAAUCGUAACAGUUGAGAGUAACGAUUCCAACGCCUCGAGCCUCUGGAGAGGACUGAGACUGCCAAAAAGAAUUCACUCAGUCAAAGCUAUCGCGGAGGAUGAUCCUGUGGGGAUAUUCAUCGCUUUCCUCUGGUGGUUCUUCUUCAUCGUCGCCAGGGUCUUCUCCAUCGCCAUCUUCUACGAGUUCUAUCCAAUCCCCCUGGCUGGUGUUAUUGGAGUUCACUACAUCGUCAUGCUCAUUUAUUUAUUCGUUCACGCCAAGGACUACGACGUCACCACGUUCUUCGUGAACCUCUGGCUGGGAUUAGUCUACAUCUGCACUCUCAUUGAGUACAGGGUCAAAUUCAAACAUCCUGAUAAGUGGCUGUGGUUCUACUGCGCCUUCGUCAUGGCACAGAACACCACCAUGACUGCCACGUGGUUCGCUCUUGUCGACUGGGAUGGGUUCUGGUACUCUUACAUGUUUUACGCUAUUUUUGGAUGCAUGGGACUCUGCAUCGUCUCUGGCACUGUUUAUUAUGUUCUCUUUAAGCCUGGCAAACGACGAAUUUAUGCUAGUUAGGUUUUAGAAUGGGGGGAGAUGAAUAGGUAUUUUUUAGAUUGAAAUUCUAAACUUUUGGAUGGAAGAGGACAUUUGUAAUUGAAGGGUGGAACCUGAUGAGUAGAAUUCUAGGGGAGAGUGGGGCAAAAUAUAAACGACUAUUUGACACAAUUCAAAUAGAACAAUUUCUUUUACCAACUUUUGUUUAAUAAAUUUUUUUAUUAUUGGGAGUACUGAUAAUUGAUGAGACUAAUAAGUUUCUAUUCGUCUUAUUAUUCAGUUGAUUAUAUUAGGCCGAUUACACUUUUCUUUUUUCAUUCCAUUGAAAUACAAAAU